GGAGGGGGGGGGGGUACUUUUUUUAAACGUUGGAUAUCCUUAAUUUACAUUUGAAACCUAAAAACUGUAGAAAAAUAAAAAAUUCAACAAUUGAACCAAUGAUGGAUUUUUUGAAAACCGGAAAGAUAUUUAUUAUCUCAGUAAUUAAUAAUUUAUUGUCCUCAAUUACUAAUACACAAAAUUGUGAACAAGCAAUGUUGAUUAUUGCCAACGAGACUUUCACAUUGGACUGGCGAAGAUGGCCGACCAUGUAUCGUUUAAUAGGUGAUAGGCCUAGUGUAAUGUUUCAAUGUUUUAAAUUAUUCAAUCAUAUAACUCCUAUAAAGAACACAAAAUCAAGAGUAAGGCAAACACGGAUCCCUUGACAUACUAUCAAUGUCACUGAUGGUUGCCUUUUGAGGCCAAUCCUUCUCAGCACACCGUGAUACGUAAGCUGAGAGCAAUUGAUUUUUGUCAUCAGAUUAUUGUGAAAAUGACCGCAUUCCAUUUAGAGUUUUUGAGAUAUUUUAGGCUGAUUUCCUGGUUAGAGAAUGUUACAUGUACUUCUUUCACCGGUCACAUCAACCUUUGUCCUCAUCUUCGCUCCGAUGCACCUGAAAGGAGAUGCAGCACCGAUUUCAGAAGGCGUAGGUACUGUGAAGUGUCCCUAUAAUGAAUCUGAGUGGAAAGAGAGGUCUGCUGAUUUCUUCUGUCAGGGAGAAGACGUUUAUCAUUGUUUUCUUUCUCAAAACAAAGUAUCCGUAGAAGAAAUAUGCAUGGAAAGGACUAUGAUUCAGAAAGAAUUUUGUCCAGUGUUUACGGAUGAUGGUUACUUACACUGGGCUCGGUGUAACCAGACAGGCUGUCCUAACGUAACAUAUGUCAGCGAUGAAGUAUAUAAAUAUCGUGUAUGCUUUGGAGACACAGACUGCAGUUUUACGUUCAGGGAUGAAGAGGAUGAAGAACCAGGUGGUUUGGCGCUGGGACUAGGACUAGGACUGGGGGUCGGAAUUCUCCUGGUUAUAGGUGUAUCUGUGUUGGUUUACAGAAAGUUAAGCCGGCAAACUAAAGAAACUAAAGAUAUUAUAAAUGGUACGACUGCGCUGAAGUCUGAGAGAAUUAUCUACGUUGUUGGUAAUCUCGGAAAUUCUGUAUCCACAGUCGGGAAAGGAAUAGUUGAGGCGUUUGCUAAAAAGCAUAACAUGGACCACAUAUAUUCUAACUAUCUGGACAUUUCUGAAGAUUUCGACUUCUCUCCGAACACGAUAUAUUUUGUUGAUGGAUGGUUUGGAUUGUGGAAUGAUAAUCCUUGUGAAAAAAGCGGCGUCUUUGACUGUUUACGUCGUAUCAAAGCGGAAGGAAAAGAUCGAAAUAAAAGGACAAAGUUUGUAAUUGGACUGCGCACCGAUAUACGUGAUUCUUACAUAAAAGAUUUCAAAGGAAAUGGAAUACCAUUUUCUCAACGACAUACAAUAUUACGUGAGUCAAGCUCAAAAGAGAAGUGGGUCAAAUUGAAAAACCAUUUACAGAAUGUCAAACGAGCGUGCACUGCUGAUGGAUGCCAGUGUAAAUCUUUGAAAGUUAAAGAUAUUAUGUCGAUUGACGCAGUGCCUAUUGGACCACAUCUUAUGGUAAAGCUUUUGGAUUUGGAUCACACCAAGGCACGGGAUCUUGUAGAUGAGGAUAAAGGGCCACUAACAGUGAUGUGCGAACAUUUCAUGGGUUUAAAAUCAAAAGAUGAACAAUUUUUUAAAUGUAUUAUGUACAUCGUUUUGAUUGGAUUUUAUGAUGAAAACGAAUUUAGGCAUGACGUCGCUACUCACUUUUCGAUUUCAAAAACCAGUCUAAAGGAAUGCGACUUGAAAAAAUAUACGAAGCGUUUGAAAGCCUCACAGCUGGCGCCAAUGUGGACGUCACAGCUUACCGGUGUAUCUAAAGAGAGAGAAGGAGUGUACGUCUUUUGGCACAACUUUCUCUACAUUUGUGCGUUUCACGCCUGUUUCGCUUUAUACCCUGAUAAGAUGAUGCAAUACUGUAACCUUGACGCCAUACUACAGCUGGUCCGUCCCGAAGGUCAGAGGUCACCAUUCACCGUGGAAGCAGACAAAACAUUAAUUUCUAGGUUUUAUGAAGAUAGAAUAAGCGGGAAAGUUAUCAAAUGUGAUGUGAAAGACCAUCCGUUAUUAAUGUUUCUGAGAGACGGAUUUAAAAACGACUGAGAAUGUGAGAUUUUUUAUUGAAAUUAUCAAUAGCGUGUUUACUUCGUAUUUGUCUAUAGUAAUACUUUAAAUGUAAAGUCAAUCAUCGUCAAUUUUCUUUUUGAUUUGGAAGAGAUAUUACCGGUAUGUUUGAUCUGAAAAUUAGAAGGAUAUUCCGAUUAAUAAUGUAACAAAGGACGGUAACUAUGCUAUGUAUUCUUUAUUAACCAAACACCGCCCCAUAAGACCAAACGUGGCAAAUUUAGAGAAUGUCUAAGACAUAUUUUCGACGAAAAGAACAUGCGAUUUAGAAAUGAAUAUUAAUAUAAUGUCCAACAUGUUGACGACAGAGCCUCUGUGGAUGAUGUGUUAGGAUGUCGCGAAGUCAAUUCUAUGAUAUUGAGUAUUGUAUGAUAAAUCAGAUCUGUUUUAAUAUACGUUGUUUGCAUUAUUUAUCUGAAUUCAAAUCUAGUAAUAUUUAUUUCCGGUUCUUAUGCUAUUAUAUUCUUAUACAAUUCAUUGCAUUAUUUAUCUGAAUUCAAAUCUAGUCAUAUUUAUUUCCGGUUCUUAUGCUAUUAUAUUCUUAUACAAUUCAUUGCAUUGUAUACUCAACAAAAGAUAUUAGUAUUCGAAUCCCGUAUGGAUAGUUUGCAAUAUUUAUGUUAUGAUUUACAGUGUGUAGCAAUGCAUAUUGUUCGUUAUUGUACUGUAUUGAAUUACAUGUAUAUAUAUAUUGCAUGUUUUAUAAUAUUUAACAAAAUGUAUUUGUUUUAAAUAGUGGGUUUGGUCUCUGCGUUCUGUGCAGUGUUGUAAUAUCUAUACUUAUAAAUUAACAAUAUUUGCCAAUAAACUCCAAAAACGCUU